GGUGCGAUACUCCGCUCCGGUUGACCUCUUUUCAUCCCCAACAUACAGUCUCCGACCUUUCCAUUUACCCGUCAUUGCUCCCCAUUCCAUUCAUAAUCCCUAUACUAUUUCCCACACCGAGUCCGACUUAGGCCUCCCCGGAGAGCACUUCUACAAUACUAUCCCUUUUACUCUCCGAUUUAAUUUAUCCCAAUGGCUCCUAUCACGGAAGAGGCCGUUUCCGGUCUUAAGGAUAUUAUCGGCAAGCUCGAGGCUCGGGUUGAGGAAUUGGAAAGCCGUCUAAGCAAUGAUUCUAAACCCAAGUCUGUUGCAGAACAGAUGCGCAUGGUUCUGAUGGGUCCGCCUGGUGCAGGCAAGGGCACCCAGGCACCUGCACUUAAGGACAAGUACUGUGUGUGCCACUUGGCUACCGGAGAUAUGUUGCGGUCUCAGGUCGCCAAGAAGACUGAGCUGGGCAAAGAGGCCAAGAAGAUCAUGGAUCAGGGUGGUCUAGUCAGUGAUGAGAUCAUGGUCAAUAUGAUUAAGAGCGAGCUGGACAACAACGCAGAGUGCAAGAACGGUUUCAUCCUAGAUGGCUUCCCUCGUACCGUUGCUCAGGCCGAGCGUUUGGAUGAUAUGCUUGCUGUCCGUCAACAGAAACUCCAGCAUGCCGUCGAGCUGCAGAUCGAUGAUGCCUUGCUGGUAGCAAGAAUCACUGGACGCCUAGUUCACCCGGCUUCUGGACGCUCCUACCAUAAGGUGUUCAAUCCUCCUAAAGAGGAGAUGAAGGAUGAUAUCACCGGCGAGCCUCUCAUUCAGCGAUCUGAUGACAAUGCUGAGACCCUUAAGAAGCGUCUUGGAACAUACCAUGCCCAAACCGCCCCUGUCGUGGAUUAUUAUAAAAAGACUGGUAUCUGGCGGGGAAUUGAUGCUAGCCAGGAACCGGGUCAAGUGUGGAAGAGCCUCCUCGGCGUUUUCCGGCAGAACAAAUAAAUGUAAUGAUUCUCUUUUCUUUCGCUGAGGGGUAAGCGUCCCUCCGUCGGGGAGGCCAACAAAAAGUGAUAGGGUAUAAAGUUUUAAAACGAAUGGUCUGCCGCCUUAUUUGGUCCUUCUGGGGAGGUUCCUUUUUGGUACAUGGACCUUUUUGUAUCCUUCGGAUAUUCGUACCUGGGCUGCUUUCGGCGGAGAUUUGGUUUUAUGUAUAGUAGCUAAUCUCGGAACCUAAAAUAUAAGUUGCUUUAGACGGUC